CAGAAGGCGUUUAUUUUAGCAGAAACUCGGCACUUUGCGUAGUCUGCAGUGUUUGUAUACACACAGUUGGCAAAAAUUAUGAGUGAAAAUUGUGCAGAGGCCUUCGUAUGGGUCAUACAUUGCGGCCCGAUUAUCCUCCGCAAUCUGUCCGGAAUAUUUUAACUGGUUUGGCAUGAGCCUCAAUCCAAUGUCCGCUUCACGCCUUAAUAUGCGGCUUAAAAGAAGAUUGUACACCCUAGCCUUCAUAGCUGUCAGCGUUAUUAUUAUUCUUGUUAUCUGGAAGCAAAUAACCCUUAAAAGUAAAGACAAUACCGAAACUUCUAUACCUGAAGGGAAAGGUCUAGCCAGAAACUACUCUAGUAUUGAAUCUCUUAUCACUGUUGUCAUACGAGAUUUUGAGCACUAUGACAAUGAUGUCGUUGAGACAGUGAAAUCUUUGUUGAAAACUGUUCCCGGUUUGAAAGUUAUCAUUGUCAGCAACUCUCCAAUAUAUCCUCCACUACAGUGGAAGUAUUUUGACCAUUCUGCUGUGAAGGUGAUAAAUCUAAAAUUAGAGGUUGGAGGGUAUAAAGAAGAUAGAGACCUCCUCUACCAUGUCCAGACAAAGUAUAUCUGUUUUGUACCAGACUCAGUACGUCCAAUGACAAGAAACUCAUUUGUUACUUUACUAAAAGGUUUGGAUGAACCAAAUGUCCAUAUUCUUGCCGCACCUGUGUCGGAGGUAUCCCUCACAUCUUGCCAAAAGAUGGAUCUGCAGGCACUUAAGUGGACAUUGGUCUACAACAUCACACCAAGUGAACUAUUUUGUGAUGGAGUGACUGGAAAACAUGUUCUCCUUGUUGAAAAAGAAGCACUAAUGAAACUUCCAGAUCCCUUAAUACUGCCAUUCCCUGAUGCACUUUACAUUCAGGCCAAAGCCAAAAAUAUGAAGACAAGACUUCUCCGCACUGUAGUCUGGUCAUCUGGUCGUCCUUUACUGCAAUCACAACAUAUUCUUUGGAAGAAACACCGUCUUAACCAGGAACGGCAACAACGCAUGUUUGAGAGAUUGUCCAUCAAACGCGUAGUCCGUGGAGGCAAAGAUGAAUGGUAUGGUUGCACUAGAGAAUCAGCCCGUUGCUUUGGCACCGUUGUGGGAGACACUCCAUCGUAUCUACUUGAAGGAAAGUGGACACCGCCUUGCUGUCUGAAUGCUCUCAGAACUACUGCUCGACAUGUUUUCAAACAGCUGCAAAUUGCUGGUAUCAGGCACUGGUUGGAGGGGGGCUCCCUACUUGGGGCUAUGCGCUCCUUUGAUAUUUUGCCCUGGGAUUAUGAUGUUGAUUUGGGCUUUAUGAGGGAGGAUUUGCCAAAACUAUCAUGGCUGUUGAGAGCAAGUAAAUCUCCUGUUGUAGAUACUGAAGGUUUUGUUUGGGAAAAGGCGACAGAGGGAGAUUUUUAUCGUGUUCAAUUUAGCAGAUCUAAUAGGUUGCAUGUUGAUCUCUUCCCAUUUUACAACAAAAAUGGAACAAUGACUAAAGACACCUGGUUCAAAACUCAUAAGCAGGACAGAGAGUUUCCAGCUCAUUUUCUGAACCCAUUGUCUACUAUUUCUUUUAUUGGUCUGAAUGUGUCUGCACCAAAUAAUAUUCGAGAAUUUCUUGAGUUAAAGUUUGGUCAUGGGGUAGUUGAACGACCCGCAUACCCCAAUGAGAGACUCUUGAAGUUCCCAGUUGAAUUGAUUCCUACUACUCAAAGGACACCAGAUCACCUGGACAUGGGAUACUACUAACUAUACCUGUGCUGAAAUGCAAAUUAAAUACUCUCCCAGUCAUGUCACCCAAUGCCAAAUAAUUAUGUUAGAUCUGAACAUUUCUUCCUUCCUCUCUCACAUUCUAUCAUUGUCAUAAAUUAAUUCUCAUCCCUUCAUUGUUCAUUACCACACAUUUAUUUUGUCUUCCAUCAUCACUUUCAUGUUUGCUGCAGCGAAUGUAAAUCAACUAAUACUCUGUGCCAUAGAGAUUAUUCGUAUCUGUGAUAGUAUAUUCUACUUGUUCAUGUUUCUAAUGUUUGUUUUAUCAUAAAAUGUGUAACUUGUGUAAUUAAAUGUGAAUGAAAACCAA